UUUCUUAGCUUCUCUGUGUUCUAAUUCCUCUAAUUCCUGCUUGUGGCCCUUCGACUCCUGAUAUUCUCCCUCGAAAGCCCCCACAUGGUGACCGACGGGGGACACGUCUAUAAAGAGCACCAUGGGCAUGGCUCGAUGUCCCACAAAACACAGUCCUCCCUCCCAUGCCAGCCUCUACCGACAAAUCUAGCUCGACUUUCGUAUUUAUCAACAGAGCCGCCGAUGCGGGACCUGGAGACGCACUCAAGAAACGAGUGAAUGCGAUCUUCCAGAACGCCGUUCGUCAGCCUUUUGUGAAGGAUAAGAUCACCGGCCCAAUCCAGAUUAUACACCCAAACGAGAACGCGGCGUCGCUGAUCGCCAACCUAGGCAUCCAAGCACCCGAAGGUCCAUUGACCAUUAGCCUCCUCUCUGCCGAGACGCCAGACGCGUUCCGUGAGAUUCUCGACCAUCCUUCGGUUUCUCGGGACCUCGCCACUGCAGAGGAAGAGUUCGGAUUCAAGAGCUCCGAUUCGGUUUUCGCCACCGAGCGCGUCGUAUACCAAUCCACUCAGUCGCUCGACAACUCGGGCAUGUGGGCCGCAGGUAUCUUCAACUUCCCGUCUGAGCCUGCGGGCAUGCAGGCGAUGCGUCAGAAGGUCGAUGGUUUGGCGAACACAGCCAAAGAGUUCCCGAUCAUCAAAACACGUCUGCUCAACAGUAUGAUGUUUUAUCCGACGCCCCCGCAUGGUGCUAUGGAGCAGCAUAUUUCUGAACUAGGAUACCCUUCCGCUCGACCGCAACUGGUCUGGCUGUUCCAGCUCUCGGAUGCAGCUGCGAUUCAAUCAAUUCUUGAGGAUCAGACCUUCCAAGAUUUCUUCGCUCAGCUCCCGAAAGAGAUCCUGGCUGGCGCGAAUCUCUUUACCGCCGACAUUUCGCGUUUUUAGGCUUGAAAUUUGAGUGUAAGUUUGUGCAGUAGGAAGUGAUGUAUGAUAGGAAAGAGAUGUACAAAGUCAUGACUGUAACCGUUUUCCAAAUUUCGAAUGUCCCGGGUAUAUAACAUCAUUGUAUGCCUUCAAAAAUAAACUCAGUGUCUGCAA